UGAGUCAGCAGGGCCAGCCACACCCUGCUUUUACUUAAGGCCCCAGCAGCCAUACUGCCACCACGUUGCCUGUGCCACUGUCCCAGCCAUGGCAGGGAGCUCUGACGUGCACCACAAGACCCCGCUGCCCGAGGGCAUCCGAGUCGGCACCGUGAUGAGGAUUCGUGGUGUUGUCCCCAACAACGCCAACCGGUUCUUUGUGAACCUGCUGUGCAGCGAGGGGCAGGAUGCUGAGUACGCCCUGCAUUUCAACCCCCGGCUGAACGAGUCCACAGUGGUCUUCAACACCCUGGAGCAGGGCGCCUGGGGCCCAGAGGAGCGGGGCAGUGGCAUUCCCUUCCAGCAUGGGCAGCCCUUCGAGGUGCUCCUCAUCGCCACGGAAGACGGAUUCAAGGUGUGUCUCUCCCUCAGGGGUGGGCGCCAAGACCCAGGUUCCUCUGCAGUUGGGGGAAGGCCCUUGGUGGAGGUGGCCAAGGCUGGGCACGUGUCCCCAGGCCCUCUCCCUCCCUUGGCACAAACGCAUUAGUGUCAGAGGGCAGGUGUGUGGCAGAAGCGGGACCAGCGAGCAAGAGCCAAGUGCCCAGAGGGUGGGUGUC